AUGAAAGACGCCGGAAAUAGCGCCUUUGUUUGUCCCAAUGAUCGCCAAUUACAACUUCGAGCAAAACUCAAUUCCGGUUGGUCAUUUCAUUCCGGUCGACCAGCGCCAGUGACGCGCUUAACUAAUCCAAUUAUCUCGAGUCCAAAUCAAUCAUUACGCGAUGAAGAACUUGAACGAAUUAAGAAAGUUCUCGAUCGUGCUCAACGCAUCGAACUUCUUGAACAAGAACGUGUCGGCAAACUCAUCGAUCGAUUGGAAAACAUGAAGAAGCACGCCACUGGCAAUGGAUCAACACAAUGUGUUCUCUGUGCCGAUGGCUUCGGCAUGUUAGGUGCAUCAUCUGUCUUGUGUGUAGACUGUCAUAAAGCGGUGUGUAAUAAAUGUUCGAUUGAAACAAUCUUUAAUCAACAGCUCAUUAAUCUAUGUAAAAUUUGUAGUGAAAAUCGCGAAGUAUGGAAAAAGUCUGGUGCUUGGUUUUUCCGAGCGUUACCGUCACGAUCGAGCUUACCUGCAAAAGUCAAAACAACUCCAUCGAAUGUAUCUGUUAACAUAGUGAAGAGCAAUGAUACGUCAAGUGAUGAUGAUUUGAGUUUAGAUGAUCGAAGAAGUAGUAAAGCAAGUCGAUUACCUGAACGACAUUCACCUCUAACAGCCCUAUCGAGUAAUAAUUAUCCGACGAUGAACUCUUUCCAACCUGUCUUUGAAAAUGCAAAUUCGAUUGACGAACCUGAUCGAGAUGGAAGUAUUGACUCGUCGAAAGCCGACGAACAGAGCUCAAAAGAACUUUCCAUCGAAGAAUAUCUUCCUAAAACUCAAUCGAAUCAUUCUCCACUAUCAUCUAUCAUAUCUGGAAUGACACCGUCGCCGUCGAAUAUUCGUCCAUCGAACUCUGUAAUUAUCAAUACUUCAUCACCCAUUGAUGAUUGUGGCUUCGGCAUGCUAGACUUCGAAAUCAUUUGGAAAGAAUCGUUGAAUGUUCUGACAAUCACGUUACUACGAGCACGAAACCUUCGAUCGUUUGAUUCCAAUGGGCUCUCCGAUCCUUAUGUCAAACUACAUCUUGUUCCUGGUGUUGCUAAAGCAACUAAACUACGAAGUCAUACCAUUCGUCGAACGUUAAAUCCUGAUUUUGAUGAAACACUCGUUUACAAUGGAAUAUCUUUAGAUGAUAUGAAAAACAGAACUCUAAAAUUUUCGGUGUAUGAUGAGGAUUCAGUUGGUUCUGACUUUCUCGGUGAAUAUCGUCUGAAAUUAUCGAUUAUUCGACCAGAUGCUCGAGAAGCUUAUUCCGUUUAUUUACAAAACAAGACUGAGGAUAUCGAGUUACCGACGGAUGAAGAUAAGAAUGAACGCGGUAAAAUCCUUCUUAGUUUGAUGUACUCAAAGGCAACAAGUAAUUUUCAUGUAAAAGUCAUCCGUGGAUGUCAAUUAUUACCCAUGGAUUUCGGACAAACAUCCGAUCCGUAUUGUAAACUAUUGUUAUUUCCUUCGAUUGAUAUGAAUGUGAAAUGGAAUUUCAAAACUUCGGUGAAAAAACAUACUCUCCAACCGGACUUCAAUGAAGAGUUCAUCUUUCCACAUAUACAAUUACAAGAUUUAAUUAGCCGAACAUUACAAAUCACAGUUUAUGAUAAAGAUAUGGGAAAGAAGGAUGACUACAUUGGAGGGUUUCAAUUAGGCCAAUCGGCGUCAGGUGAUGAUUUAAAACAUUGGCUAUUGAUGGUGAAGUCUCCUGACCAAUGGAUUGACAUGUGGCAUAAGUUAAAACCUGAAGCGUUUUCUUUGACGCUAGGACAACGAGAUUCUCAAACAUCUCGAUAA